AUGCUGGAGCCAGUAGACGACCUUGUCCUCCCCGCUGAGAGCGAUACCGUGGAAGGCGAAGCCGUAGAAAGUGAGGCCGAGGAUGAUGACGAAAGUGAGGACGAUGGCGAAUCGGGCUCCGAAACGGAAUCGAGCGAAGACGAGACGCCGAGUGGCCCAAGUGGUGUCGCAAUCAAGGCCUUCAGCAAGUUGACGCGAAGAUAUGCCUUCUCCUUGAAUCAGGUAUUCUGCAGCUCUCAGACGGAUUUGACAAUCGGUGAACUCGAAGAGAAAGCAGAGCUCGUCAAUGGCCUCCGAACCAGACUCUUACCUUCGAUGAGAACCCAGCUUUCCGCGCUUCUGCAAUCGCUAGAUCUCUCCGAAUACCCGAUACAUCCAUGUCCAAACCCAGAAUCAACCGCCGAAAUCCUAUCAGCACUCGGUGAUCUCCUCAAGGAAACUCAAGACGCCGUCGAGGAGAUCGCCCUCGAACCUCCUCUGCCGUCCGCUGAGCAUGACCAUCACCUGAAAGAUUUAAAAAUAUUCAGGUCAAAUCACCUCCUAUGGAAAACUAAAGACAUCAUCCAAAACCAUUUAUGCGAAAUAUUAAGCAUCUGUGAUCAAUACAUCGUAAUGUGGGAGGCUGAAGGAAUUGAUCGCGAAGACUCGGAUCAUCAAGCGAGACUAUCAAACUGCAGAAAAGAAAUCGUGGAGAUGUCAGCCACCUGCAAGGAUCUAAUGGAUGACCUAAUUGAAUGGAUCAGCCUAUCUGAUUUCGGCAUGCUUCAAAAAGACUGGCGGGUGUCCUCAAAAAAGCUAGAUAGGCUGCUGGCCGCCUUAGUUGAGAUGAACAAUGGGACGUUUGGGAAACCGGAGCGAGGAGAUACUCAGACUGACGGCGAAGAUAUUCGAGCGGCGGACGAGGAGAACAGGGCACGCUCGAUUCAACUGGCUCGCUCGGCGAUGCCAAUCAUAAAACUAGGUCGAAUAUUUUAUGACAAGCUAUCUAAAACGACGGGCAAGAAGAUACCGUUCAAGCUGAAUGCCGGGAUUUGUUCGAAGGAGAUCGAUGCUCUGCGCAACAAGAUGGAUUCGCUUGACACGCAGAUCGAUCAUAUCCUGGGUCUUGUAUGUGCAAUCUAUCAAACCGAUGAACACAUUGGAUCAAGGAUCAAGUCCCUCAAGAGCGUGACUUUUCAGGCUUGGCGCUGCCUCCAAGCGGCCUUGCUCACAUUAGCUUUUCACCUCCAACCUUCCGAUCCGGACGGCCGGAAUGAUGAUGCUCAUAAUAACUUCAAGACUUGGUUUCUUGUUCUCGAAAACCAGUUCCGCUUGGCUGGUUCCAAUCUGAAGGACACUGUCGACUCCUGCUUUGGAGAGCACGAAGAGGAGGACGAGAGUGAUCGUGAUUAG